UUUUUGUUGAUUCUUUGGAACCAAACAAGAAGCCACGGGGCGAUCACCGCGUGUCAGUGUGAAGAGCAUAUAUUUUAUUAAUAUUGCUGCUUAUUGCAAUUGAAGAACUUGAGCUGAAUAGAGUGAAUCAUGCUGGACAUUGAGCAGAUGAGCCGUUUUGUUUCGCCGGUGAACCCCUCCAUCUUCCCGCAUCUCACAACCCUGCUUCUGGGAAUAGGCAUCUUCUACACUGCCUGGUUCUUUGUGUAUGAGGUGACCAGCACCAAGGUGACCCGGGAGCUGGUCAAGGAGCUGGCGCUGGCAGUGAUGGCCGCCAUCUUCAUGGGGGCCGGCACCGUGUUCCUGGCGCUCACAGUCGGCAUAUAUGUCUAGCGGCAGG